AUGUCAGGUUCACUAACUGAUUUGAGAGGAACUCGAGUUUUACCUCUCUAUGAGCGCACAGGAACUGACCUUGCCCUGGGUUGUGGUGGCUCGGGAACAGGUUCCUCUAUCGCCGGAUGCUUCCCUUUGGAUGAGGAUGGCUUUGAAGAGCCAGGUUUUGAAGAGGCAGGUUUGGAAGGUGUCGCCUUUGGUGGUGGUGUCGAUUUGGCAGAGGCAGGAUACCUUGGAGUGGUCUUGGUACGAGCCAUGGGAUCAGUUCGAGGAGGAGAGUUACCAGAUCAUGGUUGCCUUCAAGAAGAUGAGAUACCAAGAGUUGGAAUGCGAUUUGCUCAGUUACAGAUGGCUCAUGACUUUUAUGCGACCUAUGCAAAGAAAGCUCGAUUUGCAACUAAGAUAAGGACGACAACAUUUGAUAAGAUCACAAAGGCUCCCAUUAACCAAGCUAUACACUGUAAUCGCGACGUGAUCCGCGAGUCUCGUGUUAAAGCACCAACGCAGAAGAAUACGAUUUCAGCUACUGGGUGCAAGGCAAGGAUAUAUGUAAAGUUUGAUAAAGACGUGCAAGACUGGGUUUUGCUCAAGGUUGACUUGAUGCACUCUCACCCCUGUUCACUGAAAAAGGCAGUGCACUACCAUGAGUAUAGGCAGCUGACGAUGCAUAUGAAGUGCGUGAUCGAGGAUAAUGAUGAGGUUGGGAUUCGACCAAACAAGAUAUUCCUUGCUUUGUCAAAUGAGGUUGGUGGCCCCUCUAACUUGGGAUUCUCAGAGAAGGAUUUAAGAAAUUAUAUAACAGCAAGGCUCCGAAAUAACAACGUGAAUGCGGAUGUCAGGGAGAUGAUGAGCUACUUCAGGAGAAUGAAGGACAUCAAUCCGAACUUCUUUUACACGGUGGAGUUGGACGAUGAGUGUAAAUUUAAGAGUGCAGUAUGGGUCGAUGCAAGGUGUAGGGCGUCGUAUGAAUACUAUGGAGACGUCGUGUCAGUUGAUAGCACUUACAGAAGGAAUAGGCAUGGAUUACCGUUUGUGUCGUUCGUUGGGGUCAACCACCAUGGUAGGUCGACCCUCCUCGGUUGUGCUUUAUUGGGGAAUGAGGAAAUCGCAAGUUAUGAGUGGGUUUUUAGCCAAUGGGUCAAGUGCAUGGGAACUGCUCCACAGUGUAUCAUAACCGAUCAAUGUCGAUUCAAGUACCAUGCGAUCAAAAAUACUUUACCCGACACACGCCACAGGUGGUACAUCUGGCAUAUUAUGAAUAAGUACCUUCCAAGCUUGGGGGUUACCGUCGGUACGGAGCUUUAUCUGUAUGAUGACCGACGUAUGUGGAUCCCAAUAUACUUCAAAGGUGAAUUUUGGUCAGCAAUGCGGAGUACGCAAAGGAGUGAGAGCAUGCACGCAUUCUAUGGUGGAUACUUACACAGUAAAACUAGCUUGGUUCAAUUUGUUCAUGAAUAUGACAAUGUUCUUGGAUUCAAGGAGCAGAGGGAACUGGAGGAUGAUGCUGCAGACUCGAAGGGGGUUAUCCCUUGUGCAACCACCUCGCCUAUGGAGAAACAGUUUCAGCAAGAGUAUACCACGAGCAUUUUUAGGGAUGUUCAAAUUGAGUUUGUGAAGAAGGCUAACUGCAGAGUUUCUACAGUUGAUAAACAGGGUUCAUUGGUCUGCGUGACGAUGGAAGAGGAGAAACUAGUCAACGAUACUAUUCUAUGCGUUUCGUACGAUGUUCACUUUGACCAUUCCACACAGGAGCUUCGUUGUGAGUGCAAUCUUUUUGAGAGUUCAGGUGUGUUGUGCUGUCACUGCCUUGAAGUUUUCCAUUCAUAUAAAGUGUACAAAGUACCUUCAUGUUAUGUUCUCCCUCGAUGGAGCAAGAAGAUAAAGCGCAAACAUACGUAUGUCAAAAGUAGCCAUGAUAUCAGUCGGUCGGAUGAGAGUCAUGUUGCAUUCAAGGGACUGUGUGCACACUUCUAUAGUGUUGCUCAAGAGUUCGUCGGUGAUGAUGAAGAAACAACAUUGCCGCAUGUUGCUUUGGAAGAAACAAUGGCCACGUUGGCUGCGCACCAUGCCAAAAAGAGGUCCGAGAGCGUGUCAAAGACGCAGACGAACAUUGGCUCAUAG